UCCGCGGUGCGGCUAUCCGGAGUCCGGACCGGUCCCCCGCGGCAACUGCAGGCAAUGCUUCAGGCCCUCCCCAUCAACAUCAAGAAACGAGCGAUUCUUGGCUUUCAUCUCUCACACGACAAGCCAAGAUGGACGACUACGCGAGCACCAAGCCGCUGUUGAUCGUGGUGAUGGGACCGGCCUCCUGCGGCAAGUCCACGAUCGGCGCCAACCUCGCCCGCGACCUCGGCAUCGCUUUCAUCGAUGGCGAUGCGCUCCACCCGCCCGCCAACGUCGCCAAGAUGAGCGCCGGCAACCCGCUCAACGACGCCGACCGUCUUCCAUGGCUCCAGAUCAUCCGGGCGACAGGCAUUCACGAGUGCCGUGCAGCGUGGGAGAAGGGGGACGGCCGCGUGCCGGACCAAGAGAGGGCCGAGGGCAAGCUCGGCCGGCCGGCGUGUGUCAUCGCAUGCUCGGCGCUCAAAAAGUCCUACCGCGACAUCCUGCGGGGGCACACUGAGACGGGGCCGGAGGACAAGCCUGUGAUGAAGACCAUUUUCGUGUACUGCAACGGAUCGCCGGAACUGCUUGCGGAGCGCAUUGCUGCGCGCCAGGGGCACUUCAUGAAGCCACAAAUGCUUGCGUCGCAGCUCGCGACGCUGGAAGAUCCGACGGCGGAGCCGGGAGUCGUUGACGUCGAUAUUUCAGCAACGCCGGAAGAGGUUUCGAGCCGUGCGCUGAGCGGCACACGCAAGGUCGUGGCGGACAUGGACUCGCGAGGCGAGUGAUGCUACUUUCCUCUCAUAGAAUCUUGCAUGCAUGGGCUCGGCGUCAUGGACAUGACGUGGGCGAUGGUACGG